AUGCAAACAGCUAGUUACCUUGUGAAUCCAAACCAAAGCGAUAUGGAUGGAGUGGAAGGCAGCAAGAGCGCUUCGCGCAGCCGACCUGGCCACGAGGUGCUGCCAGUGCCUGGCGAUGGGUACUGUUUGUUUCACUGCGUCAAUUUUUUCUGCCGGCAGACUGAUGAGGACGAAUUUGCGUGGGAUCAGCAGCGAGCUGCCGGCCUGUACUUGAGAGCUUUGGAAUACUUGUGGCAUGGACUUAGGCAGACCGAUGCGGAUGCCGCGGUCAUAGAAAGCGCCUGUGUACCUGAGUCAGACAAUGAACUCAACAUGCAUCGGCAGUAUCUGCACCGGAAAGCUGGCAUACUCCCCAGAAAACUGGAAGUGGUCACUGAUGCAGAGACGGUGCUGUGGAGUAAAAUUGAAGCAGUGCUGAGCAAGCAACAUGUCCUGGACAGCUUUCAUCAUGGUUCUGUGGUGGAACUUUGGGCCUUAUGCAGAAUCUUUUCGUUUGAAGCAAUCAUUUGGGGUGGGAAAGAAGAUGAGAACAUCAGAGUAAGCACCCUAGAAGCCCUCUCCGACGAACAAGCCAAAGAGGUCUUGAGGAACCAUGUGCACGUCAUGGAAGUACUUUAUCAGCCGAUGGGCUGUACGGGACAUUAUGACAUCAUCAAGGGGCGCGGUCACACCGGAAGGGCGCAGGCAAUUUCUGGCUGGGAAAAAUUGUGGCUGGAGGCAGGCAGCAAGGCAGUUCAAGAGGCAAUGAAAGCCGAAGCAGCCAAACAGGGAAAAGCAGAGCAUGUGCAGGAGGUGGUGUCGGUGCCCGGUGAUGGAUACUGUUUGUUUCACUGUGUAUGCUAUUUCUUCCAGCAAGGUGACAAAGGCGCCUUUGUGUGGGAUCAGCAGCGAGCCGCGGGCCUGUACUUGAGAGCUUUGGAAUACUUGUGGCACGGACUGCGGCAGACCGAUGCAGAUGCCGCAGUCAUGGAAAGCGCCUGUGUGCCUGAGUCAGACAAUGAACUCAACAUGCAUCGGCAGUAUCUGCACCGGAAAGCUGGCAUACUCCCCAGAAAACUGGAAGCGGUCACUGAUGCAGAGACGGUGCUGUGGAGUAAAAUUGAAGCAGUGCUGAGCAAGCAAGAUGGCCUGGACAACUUUCAUCAUGGUUCUGUGGUGGAACUUUGGGCCUUAUGCCGAAUUUUUUCGUUUGAAGCAAUCAUGUGGGGCACACAAGCAGGCGAAAACUUUCGGGUCAGCACCCUAAAAGCCAUUUCCAGCGAAGAAGUCAAAGAUGUCCUUGCAAAGCACACCAACGUAAUGGAACUGGUGUACCAAGGCCUGGGUUGCACAGGGCAUUAUGAUGUUGUGAAGACUUCAGUUUGCGACGGGUUGGAGUUGUUGAUGCUGGGCUGGGAGAAGUUGUGGCGGGAAGGCGGCGGCCGAGCCGUUCGACAAGUUCUCAAACACAGACCUGCCAUGCAACAGGAACGUGACAGCACCGUAUGGUCAGAUGAGUCAUCACAAGCCAGCUGCAAGAGGCAGAAUGAAAAACCAGAGGACGUUGAAGGGCAAGAUGGCAGCACAAUGUCGACGGAAUCGGAGAUUGAAAGCAUCCAAGGCUUGGACAUAGGUGACAUACGCGCUGCCGAAGGGAGACACAUCCUGACACCCGAGGAUGACAUGGAAGACAGGUGCAGGGCCAUUCGUGUGCUGCUGCAGGAGUCUCCGAUGCAUCCGAAGCCAUUGCAAGGUUGGUCCGCACAGUCGUGUGACCCAAUGGCAGGAGUGGCAUACCCUGCAGCACAUUGCGCAUUCGCGGGUUGCCAUUGGAACAGUGAUGCGGAGCCUUGUGUUUCAUGGCACGCAAACCCUGGAGCCUGGGCAGUUCAUGGGUCAAUGUGGAAACGAUCUACGGGUGCUUGCUGUGGUGACAGUAAACAGUGUCUUUGGGCGCAUCUUUGGGCAGAGCACAGGGAAACUUUAGCCGUGCACGGUGCUGACACAACGCCCGAGGUCGGAUGGUGCGCCUACAAGCGCGCGUUAGUGCUGCAAGAGGAGCGGAAUGUGCCAGCACUCGGCUGGUCCGUUGAUCGACGAACCUUGCGUCGCUUGCGCGGCGGCUUACAGGAGCACGAGUGCGCAGCAUUGAUUUGCGCAUGCUGCGCCGGUAUUCACAGCACCGGCACAAGAGCAAACUGUGGCUAUGUGUCCGUUAAGUUGCUUUUUGGCAGCCUGACAAAGCGAAGUUUGGACGCAAACUGGAAUGCAGAGGAAUUUGAGCACAGGUAUCAGUGGCAAGGAAGGGCCCAUGGGCAGGAGUGGGAACGUAAGCUACCUGGUAAUGUAUUCGCAGGGCAGCGAGUCUUGUGCUGCCCAGAAGACAUACGAUGCGACACCUGUCAAGGCCUAGAUGGCCAGUUGUGCGAAGACUGUCAAAUUCCUCUUUGUCGCAAAUGUUGGGACGGCAUGAGGCAUUAUCAGGAUCCAAGAGUGCCAGAGGCACUAGCGAACGACAACUGGUACGGCUACCCUUGGAACUUCUUGUAUCAAGAAAAGGUCCGGUGGAUCGAAGCGGCAGCGGCCUCACCUGUUUGGACAUCAAUCGUCAUUUUUUACAUUGAGGGCGACCGCGGUCACUUGAUGGAAGAAGAAUUGCACCGCGGAGAAGUUCGAGCUGCCGCAAGGGGCAAUAUAAGCUCAUUCAGUAUGCCUUGGGAAGAAAUAUAUGGGAACUUACAGAGUGCCAAUGCAGCGGAUCUGUUGGACAAAUUGCCUCAUCCACCAGAAGCUCUCAGCCGCAUGGAGAAAUUCACGGUGAAAGGAAUGAAGCACAGUGAAAUUGUUGACUGGGUCGCCGGUGCAAAAAUACGACCCUGGGUGGUCUUGAAGUUGUUGGAGCACCUCUUGGAUAUCGGACAUCCCAUGUGCAGAGGCCGGGACAAAGCAACUCUACGUCAAGAAUUCAAGGAGAAGGUUGCUGCAAGAUAUGGGGACGUUGAAAUGACACCGGCAAACGUUCAACAAUUCCUGGAGGAAAAGGCCAAGAAAGGGAAUCCAACCCCGCAUCAGAAGCAUGCCACGCCCGCAGCGGCGAGCCUGCAGACAAUGGACGGAGAGGCUUACCAGGGCAGCCUUCGCCCAGAGAUUUUGUCAGAAGACUACACCAGUGGACAGCUUGCGCAUCGCGAAACCAUGGAGGUGACAAGACUGGGGAACGUAGCAAAAGAGUUGUCAGUGGUCACUGGCAAUACAUUUUGGGACCAAUGGCAAAGUCGGUUUCUGAGCUGGGCUUACCCCUUCAGCCUGCCAUUGCCUGUUGGAGGCCCUGACUUUCCUUCCCGGCCGAGAGACCGGCGAAAAGAGGAAGCUGCUCGGCUAACACCUAUUGCGCACUUGCGCGCCCUUGCCCGAAGAGUGGAAAGUUCCAUCCGGAAUUCUUGGGAUUUGGUGCCGGGCGUACGACGCAUCACCAUGAAGUGGCAUUCGGUCUGGAACGCAAAACUCUGGAGAACCUGGAGGAACAAGAAAGAGCAAGUGGCAGAAAUUCCCGCAAGCACAUGGGUCAGAGCAGCCGAACGCUUGUACGAAAGGCUGCGAAAAGGGAAGUAUCGAACCGGCAAGCAGCUGAAACCAAUAGACUACGAUACAAGAAAGCUCUGGUAUGCCGAAGGUCUUACAAAGCCAGAAAGAGAGAUCCUCAUUGCUGUGCGCAAUAGGCAACAGACAAUGCCGGGAACAGUGGAAGUACGCAAGCAAAUUGGAAGGUAUUUGUUCGGGGCUCGUGUUGAGCUGGGCGAGCCUCUGUUUGUCACUGUAUCUCCAACUACUCGGCAUAACGGUCUGUGCAUGAGAUUUUCAAGGUAUCGAGCCCGGGACCCCGCUGCGCAGGAGAUGCGCGGACCUUGGUUCGCGAGAGACAAGCCGCCUCUCUGGAACAAAGAUGAGCUUGCAGACAUUGACCUACCAGACUACGAGGUGCGAAGGGCGCUGACUGCACGCGAUCCGUGGGCGACUGUGCUGGCAUUUCAAUGCAUGAUACGUUUCGUAUUCGGAGAACUGCUUGGAAUAAGGUUGUGCCCGGAGUGCCCGCACUGUGCUUGUAAUGACAAAUGGGGGCAAGGUUUCCACGUUGGCGGCGGUGUGCUCGGUCUGGUCAAGGGCAUCUGUGGAGCAAUCGAGUACCAAAGUAAUUCAGCACCCCACUUUCACGGACAUGUUUACAUUGCAACAGUCUGGCAGCAGCCCUUGAAAGUGUUAGCUGAACAAGUGGAACAGCAAUUGAUGACCAAAGAGAAGAUCUUCCAGUUUCAGCAGUGGGUGCACAAUGAGGUCUAUUUUGACAAAGCAAAGCAGGAGCUGGACGAAGCAGCCGUUGAAAGAUCCUGGGCCGGGAACUACCAAGAAGAGGCAAAGAAUCAGCUGUCCCUGUGGCCGCAGUUCCUGGCAAACGACCAUGGUGCAAGCCCUUGGGUGGAUGCGAGCAUGACCGAAGCCGCUGCAAUGAAAGAAGCCGCUGCAUACAAGAACGCCUACAAAGCGGCAGUGCAAGAAAAGAUGUUGCAUUACCAGCAUCACGUCCACCCGUGGGAUAAGGAACGGAAAGAACGGAAGCUUUUGCCGGCGUGUCACAAGAAAGGGUCGCCCAAAAAAUGCAAGCACAAUUUCCCGAAGAAGCUGAACUUGAUGCCGAGAGUUAUUUGCCGUGGAAACGCACGCAAAUAUGGGGUGAGCACGCGCGGUCGUCGGAACGCGCUUGGGGCCGUAUUGGGGCAGCGGCACAAUGAGUGGUUGUCUGGGACUGCCCCUGCUUUUUCCUUGAUGCUCAUGGGCAACAGUCACACUGCCCCCAAUUUCCGGGUUCCUUUGUGCAAGAGCACGCACGACGAAGAGUGCAAACGGAAGUGCUUGGAGAAAUACACCGUUGCGCACCUGACGCAUGUCAUGGACCUGGCCGCCCGACGGGCAACCAAAUAUUUCACUGGCUAUUUGCAAAAACCACAGCCGCUGGGAAAAAAGGAAUUGCAGGAGGCGGCAAAGCAGCUGGUUUUUUUGGAGAGCAAAACGGCGCAACUGGACAAAGGCAUCAAACAGCACGAGACCGUGGUGAAUCGUGUGCUUGGGGACCUGGAGUUCCGGUGUUCGGUGCGGCCUUUGACCGAAGAAUUUAUGCUAGUGCAGCCUUUUCGGGGCUUGGAAUUGCUGUGGUUGUUGCGACCAAUGGGUGCUGAACCCACAGUGGAUGUGCAAGCUCGUCAACGGCGAAAGUACACGACUUUGGAUCUCUAUGGUUGGCGAGGCAGUGAUGCACGAGUACUUUACUUGUCCCCGUGGGAAUUUGUGAAACUUUGGACCUUGUGGAAGGUAGAGCCGCCUAGUCACAGUGAAGAUUCACUCACCGAGUGGGCCGGCCCAGAAGAGCAGAAGGCAAGAAUCGCCGGCUGGCAUCAUGGGCGAGCCUAUCGGUGGAAGACAACCUUGCCCCAGAAAACAGCUUUGGACGUUGUUCGCAUUCCGAAAGCAUUAGGGCUUGGCAGAAUGUGGAGCACGCAUUAUUUCAAACGCAGAGCCACACCGGCAGCAGAAGGCGCGCAGCACACCACCCGAGUGGGAGCAGCUGUUAAAAACAUUGUCCAGCAUUGGUCGCACAAUGCGGAGGGUUUGGAGAGCGAUGGGCUUUCUGUGGCGAAGACAGGGGCAAUGGUGGACACCGGACGAACAGGCCAAGAACCACAAGAAACCCGGAAUUGGAAAGGAGACGGUGAAAGCCAACCGCCAGUGAUUUUCAGUUAUGGAAAAUUAACUGCGCAGGCUGCAGAAGCAUGGGUAGCCCGCUUGCAAGCAGGCCAAAGUGGUUUGCUGCCAAGCGACGAACAACUUGCAUUUCUGACCGCCGUGAUCCAUAGAUGCUUGCAAGAAGCGGAUGAAGAAGAAAAGGACCCAGACUUUCGAAGCGAGCCCGAACGGUGUUUUCUGCAUGGAGUGCCAGGAGCGGGCAAAUCCCAGACCUUAAACAAAUUUGGGCCAGACAAGUUCACAAAGUAUCAGCGCAUCCGUUGGGUCGUGGUCGAUGAAACCAGUACAGUGCCUUUAGAAGUGUUGGUGGCAUUAGAAAAGCAAAUGACGGUGGCCGCGCGUGACAAGCGCACAUGGAAACUGCGAAAGCCAAAGGAACCUCGCAUGUUCGGCGGCUGCAACUUGGUCCUGGCGGGCGAUUUCUGGCAAUUUCCUGCAGUGCGCGCCACGUCCGUCUUCCACAAUCCAUGGGCCAAAACACGCAGUUUUGGGGUUGCUGCGAUGCAACGUUUUCUUUGGACACAUUCAGUGGAAAACAUGGCGCAUCUGUUUGAACUCACAAAAGAGCAGCGAUGCGUGGAUCCUUGGCUAAGCUUUGUGUUGCAGGAAGCCCGACACGGCAGACAAUCCCAGGAAGUGUGGUCUUUCCUUCAUGGAUAUCCAACCCUGCACGCAGGUUCCUGGAACCCAAGCACGGGGAAGUGCAGUUGCCAACGUGCAGAGUGCGAAGCACUCUACCAAAAGUGGGCCGUUGAAGCCAAAAACCGUGUGGUGCGAGCAUGUGCACUUCGUCAACAAGACGAGUGCGCGCAAUGUCAGGCCGAACGUCGGCGUCGAUGCAUAGUGGCAGGGACAAGCCUUUUGUCGCCUGACCCCAAAGACAUGAAGUUCUUGGCCGGGCCGUUCAUUCAUGCACUGAAUGCAGCCAAGUACAUUGCGGCGCAGCUCCGUGCCAAGUUUGUUGCCCGGCACAGAAAACACCUUCUACUUUGGGUUGUUGCACAGGAUAUGCCUUUGUUUACAGGGGAGCAUGGUGAUCCGACCGCAAGCACCGCAGGGAAAGAGUCAUGGUUGAGAAGGCACGAUCAGGACACUGGCGGGAUCAUGGGGCUGUUGCCGCUCUUGCCAGGUAUGCCGGUGCGCGUGACGCAGACAUUGCCAGAACUUCGGCGCUUCAAAAUUUACAAGAACACAAGGGCCACCUUGCUAGGAUGGAGUUUAGAUGAACAUGAUUUGGAGCGCAUCCGAGACUCGACAGGCAUGGAAUUGGUGCUUGAAAAAAUGCCAGCCUGUCUCUUUUUGAAGAUAGAAGGCGCAACAUGGCAAGAAGAGCUGGAUGCUGAGGUUGGGGUCAUACGUGUUCGUCCCAUUCUGCAACAUUGGAAGGUGGACCCCCAAGGACUUGCGACCAUUGCUCGCCGAGGGUUUCCAAUUGCCUGCGACUACGCAGGGACUGCACACUCUUUCAUGGGCUCAACAUUAAAGGCAUGCACACUGGACUUAGAAGCAUGGAAUGCACCUUCAAAUCGCGAUGCGCAAUUGAGUGGCUACAUGUGUUUGUCACGCGUGAAGAAGUGUGAAGACGUAUGCGUGACACAGGCAUUUUCGCCGAACGUUUUUGCGCAGGGUGAUUUGCUCGGGCCCAGGUUACUCCUGGAUGUGCACAGGCAGGCCACAGAUCUCGCUGAAGCAAAAAAAAGCUUCGCUAUGGAGAAACCAAAGCGGCAGCGAACGAAGGACAUACUGUUGGCCUGUCGCUUAUGCACCCUCAAUAACGACGGACUUGAGGUCUGGAAGCCUUGGGCGGACUUUGACACUGCGCACCUGGACAACCCCAGGCAGUUGUUGGAAGACGGAAUGGACAGAAUGUGCAAGGAAUGCGCUGCGGCACAGGCUGCACCACAAGAAGUGACCGCAUCUCCUUGCGGUUGGUGUGCGGAAAUGACAAAUUCCAAAUUGGGCUUUUGCGGCAAAUGCUUGCUAACAGUGCGAUUGGCUUGCAGAGUUUGUGACGCUGGAAGGCCUGGUGAACGGCAGCGAUUGUUGCAGGAGUUCGAUCCGGAGGAGGUGCGCAAGAAGAGGGCAUCGAAAGAAUUGCGGAUGCUGCGAUGCAAACGCUGCAAGCCAAAAUCUGCAAGAGUGAGUGGAUUCGCAAGUGCCAAACAGAAACGUGAAAAGCCAAAGACAGAAAGAGACGUAAGGUGUUGCCAAUGCAGCAAGCCGUUGCCAAAGCAUGCAACGGCAGGAACCUGGUGUCACGAUUGUGCGUAUCCUCCCUGCGCUGAAGGAUGUGGAACGACUCGGCCCGAGAAUGCGAAGUAUCACGCCAAACGGUUGCUGGUUUGGACUUGCCACCAUUGUGUUACCAAGACAUGCCGAAAAAGGGUUUCCGCAGAGAAGCAGGUGCCGCGUCUGGAGGCCAAAGAUGCCUUGACCGCAACCGGGGCCAAGCCGGCCAAACGCCAAAGACACAAAUGA